ACAAAUCAAAGAUGGGAACAGAAAGCUGUGGAGUUAUAAACGAUAUUGCACAAGUUUUUCGCCCAUACAUUCAAAACAUAUAUCAGGACCUUAAAUUGGGAUUAUGCAAAACAAAGGUUGAUAUCGAAAGAAUAUCAGGAUCUGCGGAAGGAGCCGAAAGUCAAUUCCGAUUAGUUCUACCAUACUGUUCUAAGAAAUUGAAAUGGGAAGUAAUCUUUGAUGCUUCAACUCCAUGGUUUGCUCCGGACUUUAGAUUUGAUGAUGAGUCAUUUCUGAAUAAUCUCGAUGAAGACUUUUUGGAGGAUAAAGUCCCAAGCCUUGCUAAGUGGAAUGAGAAUGAUCCUAAGGCUUUAAGUGGAGUCAUAUCAGAGCUGCUGAAUUUGUACAAGAUUCAUCAGAUUAGAAAAUUAAAUGAAGAUGAGAGUUCGCGAGCUUACUUUGAGUAUAGUGCCUUACUUGGGGAUGCACUUACAUCGGAAACAGAUAUUGAAGUGUGGGUCGGGAGCCAUGUUGUCGAGUUCCUGAUAAGGCUGAAUGUCGACACUUCUCGAUUGCCAGAGUUAUUCAAUGAAAGUGUUGAUCAAAACCCUGGUAUUGACACAGCCCUGCUGCUUGUGAGAUAUCCUAAUUCGACCAAUGCGGAGUUGAUUUUGUCACCUCUGCUCACAAAAUCUCUCGGCAACAUAACAUUACCACCGAUGCAUCAGUCUGGAGUCUUAAUGGAUUAUGUCCCCAUGGUCACAGAGCUGUUAAAUAAUAAAAUUCAAGCGCUUUUGAAUAAUGAAAAGCUUAAGAGGGAAUUACUGGCCCAGCUCAUUGUGAGGUACGAAGGGGCGGUGUUGGAGCACGACGCAAACAACGCGGCAUUCCUGUUUGAAAUGAACGACUUUCAUUGGAUGUUACAGAUAGAUAUAGGUGCAAAGUUCCCCGACAAGCCGCCGAUUCUUACGCUCAGAUCGGUGUACCACAGCAGUAAAGGCAAACCGAAGUUUAAAGUGCUUCCGUCCUGCCCGUAUAAUAACUUUGAAGGAUACAUUGAACAACAAGUUGAGAUUUUUAAGAAUGAAUGCAAAGGAUUAUGUUCUCAAAUUGUCAAUGUGGAAAAUUAAACUUAAUGUAUAA